CUUACUACAACUACUACUUACGACGCCGCUGCAAACGUAAACAAAUUGCCGUAAAGUAAAUUUUGCCCUGCCGAUCUGUUUGCGUUUUAUUUUGUAAUUUUAGUAAAAUUAUUUUACUAAUGUUUGCUGAACUAUUUCUUAACUAUGCAUAUCAAGCAAAUCAUCAUACAAGGUUUUCGAAGUUACCGGGAGCAAACUGUAGUCGAGCCUUUCAGUUCUCGUCAUAAUGUAAUUGUGGGAAGAAAUGGUUCAGGAAAGAGCAAUUUCUUUUAUGCUAUUCAGUUCGUCCUGAGUGAUGAAUUCUCCCAUUUACGACCUGAACAACGUCAAGGACUACUUCAUGAAGGUACAGGGCCUAGGGUGCUCAAUGCUUAUGUGGAAAUCAUUUUUGACAAUUCUGAUGGUCGUCUGCCUUUGGACACUAAUGAAGUAUCACUCCGACGAGUAAUUGGAUCUAAAAAAGACCAGUAUUUUCUUAAUAAGAAAAGCGUCAACCGGACUGAUGUGAUGAAUUUAUUGGAGAGUGCUGGGUUUUCAAGAAGCAAUCCCUAUUAUAUUGUAAAGCAGGGAAAAAUUAAUCAAAUGGCAACUGCACCAGAUUCUCAGCGCUUAAAACUACUUAGGGAAGUUGCAGGUACCAGAGUUUAUGAUGAGAGAAGAGAAGAAAGUCAAACCAUCUUGAAUGACACAAUUGGAAAAACAAAAAAAAUUGAAGAUCUAUUAAAAUAUAUUGAAGAACGGCUAAAAACUCUGGAAGAGGAAAAGGAAGAACUUAAAGAGUAUCAAAAGUGGGAUAAAAUGCAGAGGUCUUUAGAAUAUACAAUAUAUGAUCAUGAGUUGAAAGAUGCCAGAAAGAAAUUAGAAGAGCUUGAUACUAGGAGAGAAACUAGCAGUUCAGUGACUGAAAAAUUACGUGAAGGAGCACAACAAGCAGCAGAUCAAAUAAAAAAACUUAGUAAAGAUUUAAGAGAUGUGAAAAGCAAGCUGCAGUCAUACCGGGAAGAAAAAGAAGCUCUCUCGCAGGAACAGUCUUCUUUAUUCAAGGAAAAGACUCGAUUGGAGCUGACCAUUAAAGACCUGAGAGAUGAAGUGGAAGGGGAUGACAGUUCCCGUAAGAGAGCAGAGAAAGAGUUGGAAAGGCUCAAGGAGACAAUAUCUGUGAAAUUAACCAAUCUUGAAGAAAUUCGCCCUCGCUAUGAGGCCCAAAAGAAAAGGGAAGAAGAAUGUACUCGAAUACUCAGUUUAAAAGAACAGAAAAGGACGGAGCUGUAUGCAAAGCAAGGGAGGGGAAGUCAGUUUACUUCCAAAGCUGAGCGUGACAAAUGGAUACAAAAAGAGUUGAAAUCUCUGCAAAAGGCUAUUAGGGAUAAGAAAGAACAGAUUGACCGCUUGCAAGAAGACUUUGUAAAGGAUACUGAAAAGCGAAAGAUGCUGGAAAUAAAAAUUGAAGAACGUACAAAAGAGUUGGAAAACCACAGAGAAAGCAUAGACACACAGAAUAAAAAUUUCUAUGAGAUGAAGAAAAAGAAAGACACACUUCAGAGUGAAAGGAAUGAACUUUGGAGACAAGAGAAUGCGAUGCAACAAAAUUUAGCCACUUUAAAAGAGGACCUUUCUAAAAAGGAUCAAGGGUUGAGAUCAAUGACUGGAAAGGCAACAUUAAAUGGAAGAGACAGUGUUAAAAAAGUUCUCCAAAUAUUUAGAGAUAAAGGUGGAAGCUCUGAACAGAUUGCCAAUUCAUAUUAUGGAAUGUUAAUUGAAAACUUUGAUUGUGAUAAAACCAUCUACACUGCUGUUGAAGUGACAUCUGGAAAUAAGUUAUUUUACCAUAUUGUGGAAAAUGACAAAAUUGGUACUAAAAUACUGCAAGAAAUGAAUCGUCAGCAGUUCCCUGGUGAAGUUACAUUCAUGCCUUUAAACAGGUUGAUGUAUAAAGAUAUGCAAUAUCCAAAUACAAAUGAUGCUAUUCCCAUGAUAAGCAAAUUAACUUAUGAGCCAAAGCAUGAAAGAGCAAUGAAAUACAUCUUUGGAAAAACUUUGAUUUGCAGAAGCUUAGAAGUAGCUACUCAGAUGGCAAGGACUUCCAAUCUGGACUGUAUUACACUAGAAGGGGAUCAAGUAUCUCAUAAAGGAGCUUUAACUGGUGGUUAUUUUGAUACAAGAAGAUCGAGAUUAGAUUUGCAUAAAGGACAUAUGCAAGUUGUGACCGAAAUUAAUGAGCAAGAAAGGCAGUUGGCUCAGCAUCGAACUACGUUGACAAAUAUUGAAAGUGAAAUUAAUAAAAUUGUCAGUGACAUGCAGAAAGCAGAAACCAAAAAUAGUAAAAACAAGGAUGUGUUUGACAAACUAAAGACAGACAUCCGUUUGAUGAAGGAAGAAGUAGCUGCUUUAGAUAGAUCACACCAGCCUAAGGAAAGGAGCUUGGCAAGUCUUGAUUCAAGCCUGAAGUCAAUGCAAUCUACUGAGCAAUCAUUACGUAGUGAACUUCAACAAGAUUUGUUGAAUCAGCUGUCAGUUACCGAUCAGCAAGAAGUGGAUCAACUCAACGACGAUAUCCGGAAAUUGACUCAGGAGAACAAAGAAGCUUUCAGUGAAAGAAUGCGUCUUGAAGCGGAAAAAAACAAGUUGGAGAACUUAUUAAAUAACAACUUAUAUAGAAGAAAGGAAGAACUCGAAGCUGCACUUCAAGAAAUUUCUGUAGAAGAUAGGAGGAGAAAGUUGGAAAACAGCAACGCUGAGCUUGCAGCAAUCAGUACCAGGAUAAAUGAUGUGAAUAAAAAUCUUAAAGGACUUGAGCAGAAGUUUGAGAAAUUUCAUUCAGAACAAAAGAGCUUACAAAAAGAAUUAGAACAUUGGAAGGCCCAAGAGAGAGAUUUUCAAGAUAAAAUCAAUGAAGAUUCCAAAGAUUUAGAAAAAAUGACAAGCAAGCAGUCACUCCUCUUGAAAAAGAAAGAGGAAUUCACUCGGAAAGUGAGAGAACUUGGUUCAUUACCAUCUGAUGCAUUUGAAAAAUAUCAAAAUUUGAGUACUAAGCAACUAUAUAAAAAACUGGAGCAAUGCAAUCAUGAACUAAAAAAAUAUAGUCACGUUAACAAAAAAGCAUUGGACCAAUUUAUUAGUUUCUCAGAACAAAAGGAAAGAUUUGGUCACCGCAAGGCUGAGCUUGACAGAGCUUACGAAUCAAUUCUGCACUUAAUGGACCAGUUGGAGAAGAAAAAAUUUUCAGAUAUUAAAUCAACAUUCAAGCAAGUCUCCCAAUACUUUAGUGAGGUGUUUAAGAAGUUGGUACCACAGGGCCAUGCCACACUCGUUAUGAAAACUGAUGAAGAAACAGGGGGACAAGCAAAUGCUACUUCUAUUGAUCAGUUUAUAGGAGUUGGAAUAAGGGUAUCAUUCACUGGUAGAUCGGGUGAAAUGAAAGAAAUGCAACAGCUGUCUGGUGGACAGAAAUCUUUGGUCGCUCUUGCCUUAAUAUUUGCUAUUCAAAAAUGUGAUCCAGCUCCAUUUUAUCUUUUUGAUGAAAUUGAUCAAGCACUUGAUGCUAUGUACCGGAAGGGGGUUUCAGGUUAGUUUUUUUUUCACUAG